GACAAAGAUCUCAAGAUGUUCGUAGUAUCCCUCUUCAUGCCUGUUGUGGCGGGGAACGUCUUUAUGGAAAGCAGUAUUCGGCGUGUUCCGGAAAUAACCGAAAGACAGCACACGCCGACGAAAACCUACAUGAUAUUUGACCCCUGCAACACGAACAAACCUGGAAAUCGAACGGUAAGCUGUUCCCAGAUAAAAAUGAGGGAACGCAGCAGCACGAAAACAAAAUAUACAAUUUAUCCUCGCGACAAACCAGUAGACGUGGAAUGUGACAUGGAGACCGAUGGCGGCGGAUGGACAGUGAUUCAACGUCGGUCCAGAUCUGAAGCCGAGAACAACUACUUCGAGAAAGACAUCAAACAUUACGAGAGUGGAUUUAAAACACAGGGGGGAGCUUCGUGGAUAGGUCUUGAUAAUCUUCAUGCACUUACGAGUUUUCCGAACAACCAACAAGCUCUCAGAAUCGAACUGACAAAAAUAGGACAAAGGGAACCGACAGUAUUGCUCUAUCACAAAUUCGUCGUCGGCUCCAAACAGGAGGGUUACAAGCUGACCGUUGCCGACUACGAGGGUCCUCAUCAAGAUUACGACGCGUUGUCCUACCACAACGGACAGAAGUUCACCGUCAAGAAGAGCAUGACGCAGCCACCCGACGGAGACAGAUGCUCCGCAAGACUAAGUGGUGGCUGGUGGUUCAAGGAUUGCAACGAGGCAAAUCUUAACGGACGUAAAUUCACCUACACUUCGCCAACAAAGGCCCUCGGUGUUACCUGGCACAUCAAAGGCCAAGAAGAAUCCUACUAUUAUCCCUACGACAGUGUGGAGAUGAAGAUCAAGGACUACGACUAUGGUUUCUGCACGGGCGCUUUUAGAUCCAAACGUAUCUAAUUUCUAAUUUCUGCUUCGGUGCAAAAAAAAAAAAAAGCACUAAAUUGA